GUCUCUCCGUCAGAGCUCAGCUAGCAUGUGUGGCUGUGCUAACGUUAGCAGAGUAAUGUUGUAGUUUUCUUUUCCUUCUUGGACUCUUGGAUGUGUGGAAAUGUCCGGGUUUGAGGAGCUCCACCGCCACAGAAAGCUGCUGGAUGUGAUUUUAAUCCCUGAGAUAAAGCUGCACAGAGCAGUGCUUCCUGCAGACACCCAGCAGCUGUUGGUGAUUAAAGAAGAGAGCCCCCAGGAGGACACUGAGCCCCCGCUCAUUAAGGAGGAACAGGAGGAACUGUGGAUCAGUCAGGAGGGAGAGCAGUUUCAAGGACUGGAGGAGGCUGACACCAAGUUCCUCUUCAGUUCUGCCUCUGUGAAGAGUGAUGAUGAUGAUGAAGAGAAACCUCAGCCCUCACAGCUUCAUGAGAGACAAAAUGAACAGAUGGACACAGGAGCUGAUGGAGAGGACUGUGGAGGAGCAGAUCCAACCAGGAUCUCAGAUCCAGAGACACAUUUACAACCAGAGACUGAGGUCAAGACUGAAGAGAGUUCUGGAGGAGAGACUGACAACAGUGAUGAUUGGAGGGAGACUGGAGAACAUCAGUCAGAUUCAAAGUCUGCAAAACAUAUUAAAAAUAAGAGACUCAAGACUAAGAAAUCACACAGCUGUACUGUGUGUGGUAAGACAUUCGACAACAUAAGCCGCUUAACACAACACAACACAAGAAUUCACACUGGAGAAAAACCUUUCAGCUGUUCUAUUUGCAGCAAAAGAUUUACACAGAAAGGUGGUAUGGAUGCUCACAUGAGAAGUCACACAGGAGAGAAACCCUUCAGCUGCUCUGUUUGCAGCAAAAGAUUUACACAGAAAGGUAGUAUGGAUGCUCACAUGAGGAUUCACACAGGAGAGAAACCCUUCAGCUGCUCUGUGUGCAGCAAAAGAUUUAGAUGGAAAAAUGAUAUGGUCACUCACAUGAGGAUUCACUCAGGAGAAAAAUCCCUCAGCUGCUCUGAGUGUGGUAAAACAUUUUCAAGAAAAUAUUGUCUAACGAUGCAUAUGAAAACACACUCAGGAGAGAAGCCCUUCAGCUGUUCUGUUUGCAGCAAAAGAUUUACACGGAAAAUAGAUAUGGAAGCUCACAUGAGGAUUCACUCAGGAGAGAAACCCUUCAGCUGCUCUGUUUGCAGCAAAAGAUUUAGAUGGAAACAGGAUAUGGUCACUCACAUGAGGAUUCACUCAGGAGAGAAACCCUUCAGCUGCUCUGUUUGCAGCAAAAUCUUCACACGGAAAUCUUGUAUGGAAGCUCAUAUGAGGAUUCACUCAGGAGAGAAACUUCUCAGUUGCUCUGUUUGCAAGAAAAGAUUUACGCGGAAAACUUAUCUGGAUGCUCACAUGAGGAUUCACACAAGAGGGGAACCCUUCAGCUGCUCUGUUUGCAAUAAAAGUUUCUCUUGGAAAGUAAAUCUGAACAAUCACAUGAGGAUUCACUCAGGAGAGAAACCCUUCAGCUGCUCUGUUUGCGGCAAAACAUUUAGGUGGAAAAAUGCUAUAGAUGCUCACAUGAGAAUUCACUCAGGAGAGAAACCCUUCAGCUGCUCUGUUUGCAGCAAAACAUUUAGAUGGAAAAAGGAUAUGGUUGCUCACAUGAGGAUUCACUCAGGAGAGAAACCCUUCAGCUGCUCUGUUUGCAAGAAAAGAUUUGUGCGCAAAACUUAUAUGGGAGCUCACAUGAGAAUUCACACAGGAGAGAAACCCUUCAUCUGCUCUGUUUGCAAGAGAAGAUUUACACAGAAAGCUCACCUGGACAGUCACAUGACAACCCACUCAGGAGGGAAACCUUUCAGCUGCUCUGCUUGCAAGAAAAGUUUCUCUUGCAAAGGCAAUCUGAACAAACAUAUGAGGAUUCACACAGGAGACAAAAACCUGAAGUUGCUCUGAGUGUGGUAAAAACAUUUGAAGAAAACAUUGUCUGGCAAAACACAUGAGACGUCACUCUGGAGAGAAACCUAUCAGCUGCUCUGUGUGUGGUACAAGAGUCAAAAGUAGUUCAAACUGGAGUGGGCGUGUGAAAACUCACAGAGGUGUGACAGCCUACAGCUGCGGUGACUGUAAUCGCACAUUUGCUUUGCAGUUUCAGGUAAAACAUCACAAAUGUGUUGGAGGUCAGGCUUCAGAGAUUCAUCAAAUCCUCUGUGAAGGAAAAAGAGAGACAGAAACAGGAGCAGAUGAAGAGGACUGUAGAGAACCAGCAGAACCAGCCAGGAAAUCAGAUCUAGAGAGACAUUUACAACCAGAGAUAGAGGUUGAGACUGGAGACUCUUCUGGAGGAGAGACUGAUGACAGUGUAGCAGAAUCUAGGCCUAAAUCUGCGGCUGUUCUACAACCCUGUCUUAAAGUCUGCAGCUUGGAGAAUUGCUGCAGGAAUUCUAAAAGUGGGGAGGACUUUUCCCCUGUGCCUACCAACCACCCAUGUUUGUUUAUGAACCUUUUCCACCCAAAGAGCUUCUCAGACAGACGAAGCUGGACCUGACACUUCUGAGAAAGGACAGAUCCCCAAGAGACCCCCAAAUUUACAUUCUGAAUUUUACGCCGUUAUCUUUUUCUUUCUUCUGAAAUCAUCCAUUCUCAAUCAAACUAGGUUAGCAUCAUUCCUUUAUUAACACAUUUAGUUAUUUUCUGUUUAUUUACUCACAUUAUAUCA